AUGGCAAACCAAUCAUGGAAAAGUACAUUCUACCUAUCGUCGGCCCAUGAAAGGGGGACCCUCGAUACCCCCACCACCAAAGAAGCCUAUUUCAUCCGUCAAAUUUUCAAAAAGCACUUCCCAUCUGAAUCCGCUGCCAAGACUUCGGUCUGCCGGAUCCCGAGGACCGAUUGGGAACAUGCCGACCAAUUGAUUACCGAUGAGCAGCUGUCGUCGGCCCAUGAAAGGUGGACCCUCGAUACCCCCACCACCAGAGAAGCUUAUUUCAUCCGUCAAAUUUUCGAAAAGCACUUCCCAUCUGAAUCCGCUGCCAAGACUUCGGUCCGCUGGAUCCCGAGGACCGAUUGGGGUUGUGACACCGAUCCCAGCGGAUCCAUACCUCGGCCUAUUGAACAACUUAUCUUACAUGUCCAGUACUCUGCAUUCAAAUAUAUCUGUCGCAUGUCUAUCAAAUGA